AUGGCCAGGAGUCCGUCAAAGAUAAAGAUACAGCCAGGACAGGGAAGCGGGACUCCGGGCGCAAGAGCUGCAGCAGCCAAGGUGCCGAAGGCUGUGCAGGUGUCAAAGAAAGGUGGGCGAAGACGAAAAGCAACAUGGCGAAGCCAUGGCGUGGGCUAG